ACAUUUUAAAGUGUCAUAAUAAAGUAAACAUAACUAUUAUAAAUUAUAAUGGCAACACCUCUUUGAAUUGUGACAUUUGACGAGGUUUCUUUUUGGUUCUGACGUUGAACAGUAGAGGCGGGUGUGUGACUUAAAAUGUCGAAAGUAUCUCGUGAUACUCUAUAUGAGUGCGUCAAUGCCGUACUCCAAUCGUCGAAAGACAAGAAACGUAACUUCUUGGAGACAGUGGAACUCCAAAUUGGUCUCAAGAACUAUGACCCCCAAAAGGACAAGCGUUUCUCCGGCACCGUCAAGCUAAAGUACAUCCCUAGACCCAAGAUGCAAGUUUGUGUUCUUGGAGACCAGCAACAUUGUGAUGAAGCUAAGUCACUGACCGUACCAUGCAUGGAUGCUGAAGCUCUUAAGAAACUUAACAAGAACAAGAAACUGGUUAAGAAACUAGCUAAGAAAUACGACGCUUUCUUGGCAUCUGAAUCCCUCAUCAAGCAGAUUCCCCGUCUCCUUGGUCCGGGUCUGAACAAGGCCGGAAAGUUCCCUGGUCUUCUCUCCCACCAGGAGUCAAUGACACAAAAGAUUGAUGAGGUCAAAGCUACCAUCAAAUUCCAAAUGAAAAAGGUACUCUGUCUCUCUGUGGCCGUCGGUCAUGUUGAUAUGACACAGGAUGAACUUGCACAGAAUGUGCAUCUGUCGAUCAAUUUCUUGGUGUCACUUCUGAAGAAGCACUGGCAGAAUGUGAGGUCACUUCACAUGAAGUCCACUAUGGGACCACCCCAGAGAUUGUACUAAACUAAAUAUACAUUUACAACCAUA